AAAGGAAAUAUAUUGAUAAUUUGAUUGAUGAAGAAAUUUUCAAUGAUAAAAUAAAAUUCGAUAAAGUGCUCUAUAUUAAACCUUCGUUUGCGACUACAGUCAAUCACAAAAAAAAAUGUGCAAGACUAGGUGAAACUUGUAAAAAUGACUACUUGAAAAAAAUUUAUAUGGAAUAUGAAUCAAGAGUUAAUGAAAUUUAUCCUGAUCAUAUUAUAUUUGAUAAUGAGAAUUUUCUUUGUAAAAAUUGUCGUGAAUUGAGAGAAUGCGUAUAUUACAAUAAACAUUAUCAACUAUGUUUAGAAAAUCCUUGUAACUUAUCUAGAUAUAUUCAAUUUUUUAAUCAAUUAAUUCAAUAA